GUACGAUUACUUUAAUUCCAAAAGUACAACUUUUUCCCUCUGCUGAACUUUCCUUUCUCUCUCUUCUUUCCACCUUCCCCCGCCUCAUUCCGCCGGAGACAAAGAAACAACCCACCGCCGGGACCACCACGAGUCACAGCUCAACACACCCAAACACGCUCUCACUUUUUCUCUCUCACAAAAACCAGAACCCUCUCUCUCUCUCUCUCUCUAUCUCUCUCUCUCUCUCUCUCUUUGAUGCUGUGAAUUGAAGAAGAACCUUCAGUAGAAGAAAACACCCACUAUGGGAAACUGCAACGCGUGCGGUAGAGCUGACGUGGUGGACGGAAACACCACCACCACCACCACAACCGCCGCAACCACCACCACCAAACCAACCGACCCGAACCGGAAAAAGGAGCCAAACCACAAAAAACCAAACCCACGCGUUGACGAACCGGUCCGGUCAGCGGCCCCGAUCCGCGUCCUGAGGGACGUGAUUCCGAUGAGCCACCGUACCAGAAUCAGCGACAAGUACAUACUCGGCCGUGAACUCGGCCGCGGCGAGUUCGGGAUCACCUACCUCUGCACAGACCGGGAAACCAAGGAAGCUUUAGCCUGCAAGUCGAUCUCGAAGCGGAAGCUUCGAACGGCGGUGGACAUCGAAGAUGUCCGCCGCGAGGUGGCGAUCAUGUCCACGCUGCCGGAGCACCCUAACAUCGUGAAGCUCAAGGCGACCUAUGAGGACAACGAGAAUGUUCACCUCGUUAUGGAGCUUUGCGAGGGUGGUGAGCUGUUCGACCGGAUUGUUGCUAGGGGGCACUACAGCGAACGCGCCGCCGCGAGCGUGGCGCGUACCGUUGCUGAAGUUGUGAGGAUGUGUCAUGCCAAUGGGGUUAUGCAUAGGGACCUUAAGCCGGAGAAUUUUCUAUUUGCUAAUAAGAAAGAGAAUUCGCCUCUCAAGGCUAUUGAUUUUGGUCUUUCAAUCUUCUUCAAGCCUGGUGAUAAGUUCAAGGAGAUUGUUGGAAGUCCUUACUAUAUGGCACCAGAAGUUUUGAAGAGGAAUUAUGGUCCAGAAAUUGAUGUGUGGAGUGCUGGUGUGAUUCUCUAUAUUUUGUUAUGUGGGGUUCCUCCAUUUUGGGCAGAGACUGAGCAAGGUGUGGCUUUAGCAAUUUUGAGGUGUGUGAUUGACUUCAAGAGGGAACCUUGGCCUCAGAUAUCGGGUAGUGCUAAAAGCCUUGUGCAGGGAAUGCUAGAGCCGGAUCCGAAAAAACGCUUGACAGCUGAACAGGUUCUUGGACAUCCCUGGCUGCAAAACGCGAAGAAAGCUCCAAAUGUUCCAUUAGGAGAUAUUGUGAGGUCCAGGCUUAAACAGUUUUCCAUGAUGAAUAGAUUCAAAAAGAAAGCUCUACGGGUGAUUGCGGAGCAUUUAUCUGUUGAAGAGGUAGAAAUAAUCAAAGAUAUGUUUACAUUGAUGGAUACUGACAAAGAUGGCAGAGUAUCAUAUGAGGAGCUAAAGGCUGGGUUGAGGAAGGUUGGUUCACAAUUGGCUGACCAAGAGAUAAAGAUGCUCAUGGAAGUGGCCGAUGUUGAUGGGAAUGGAGUACUUGACUACGGUGAGUUUGUAGCUGUUACGAUUCACUUGCAAAAAAUGGAGAAUGAUGAGCAUUUCCACAAAGCAUUCAAGUUUUUUGACAAGGACGGGAGUGGGUAUAUUGAGUCAGGUGAGCUACAAGAAGCAUUAGCAGAUGAGUCAGGAGUAACUGAUGCUGAUGUAUUGAAUGACAUCAUGCGUGAAGUUGACACCGACAAGGAUGGUCGCAUAAGUUAUGAGGAGUUUGUGGCCAUGAUGAAAGCUGGAACUGACUGGAGAAAAGCAUCUAGGCAAUAUUCAAGGGAGAGAUUCAAGAGCUUGAGCCUAAAUUUGAUGAAGGACGGCUCACUCCAACUUCAUGAUGGAAUUAGUGGUGAAGCUGUUGUGGUCUGAGUGCAAAGUGAUUUCUUCUUUAACCUCGUCGUGCUCACUCAGUUACUCUUUUUUCCUUUCACCACAUUUUGUGCUUGAGAUAUGGCUUGUGGAAUCUCUCCAUGGAAGCAAGUUUUGGGCAGGUCAGCAUUUGAAGCAUAUUAAUAAUGAUCUUGAGUUGGAGUUUGUUAGCUUAGGUUGUUGGAUUGGAUGUUUGAUGCCUGAAGCAUGCAUUGGAGGGGUUACGUCUACAUACUAAAAAUAGAUUAUAGCUUUUCAGCAAAAAAAGAUUUGGGGCACUUGCUACAGUCUUCAUGCCCUGAAGAAGUUCAUAUUCUUUGUGUUGUAUAUCUUUGUCCUGUUGUGUGUUUGAUAAUUCCAUUCGGAAAUGUGAAUUUUCUAACUUUUUGUGCAGAAAACUAGUUAGGGCUUGUCUCAUCGGCGAGAUGAACUUCUGAGAAAGUUAUAGAAAGUCUAGGUAUCUGCUAGGUCAAGCAAUUUAAUUUGUUCAGAAAUUGUAGCUAUCUUUAUCUCAUUAUUUUCAACUAUUUUCCCCUUGUUUA